GACAGUGCAAACAAAAGAAGGCCUGCGAGAAAGAAAGCAGCUUUGUGUGUUGUGAAUCCACGUAGACGCAGAAUCCAAGUAGAACAGGACAGCUAAAUCAAAAGGUUCUUGCCGUAGCUGAGAGAAUCCAAUACUGAGGGGAAUCCAGGAGACAGAGGUCCACAGGUGGAAGAGAUCUUCAAGGUAGCAGGGAAAAAGAACGGAGCUGAGCAGGGAAACUGAGAGUGAGGCAGCAAAAGUGAAGCACAAGAGGUAUAAGGCAAUCAAACAACUUAAGCAGAUGCCUGAAGCACAUAUCAGCUGAUAGACAACAACGAUCUGGCAGAGAUAGAGUGAAUGAGCUGGUCUUUAAACAUAGCAGGAAAGGGGUGGAGUUGUUUGCAGAGAUGAGUUGCAGCUGUGCAGACAACAUUUCCGUGGAGUUUGGGCCCAGACUAGUGACAGAGCUGACACAGGGAGCAGACAUGGAGGAUCUGCCCAACAGACCAACAUGGAGCAAGCAGAUAGAGUUCACCCUGGCUGGCAUCGGUUGUGCUGUGGGUCUGGGAAACGUUUGGAGGUUUCCUUAUCUCUGCUACAGGAGUGGAGGAGGUGCGUUUCUGGUGCCAUACUUGUUCAUGCUAGCAGUGCUGGGGAUCCCUCUGCUCCACAUGGAGCUGACGGUGGGUCAGUACACAAGGAGAGGACCUGUCCAUGCCCUUGCUGUUGUCUGCCCACUGUUAAAAGGAGUGGGCAUGGCAUCGGUGGCUAUCUCCUUCAUCAUGUGCACAUACUACAACGUCGUCAUCACCUGGGCUCUCUACUAUCUCUUCAGCUCCUUCCAGGCGCCACUACCAUGGCAGAACUGCAAUAACACGUGGAACACACCAAAUUGUACCAAUUAUGCCACAAACAGUAGUUACUCCUCUACAGCAAGCCAAGAGUUCUUCAAAUACAAGAUGCUGGAACAGACUAGUGGAGUUGAGGAAACAGGAGUGAUUCGAUGGGAACUUUUCCUUAUUCUCAUUCUGGCUUGGAUCCUCAUUUACCUUUGCAUCUUUAAGGGGGUGAAAUCAACUGGGAAGGUGGUGUACUUCACGGCUCUGUUCCCGUAUGUUAUCCUCAUUGCCCUUUUAAUCAACAAUGUGCAACUUCCUGGAGCAUUAGACGGAAUAAAAUUCUUCAUUGUACCAGAAUGGGACAGGCUCCUCUCAGUGGAGGUGUGGGUGAAUGCUGCAGCUCAGAUCUUCAACUCCAUAGGGAUUGGUUUUGGCUCUCUCUUGGCCAUGUCCAGCUACAACUCCUUCAACAACAACAUUCUGAAAGACACCCUCACUAUAUCCAUCAUCAACUCCCUCACCAGUAUCCUGGCAGGGUUUGUCAUUUUCUCUGCCUUUGGUUACAUGUCUCAUCUGCAGAGCAUUCCUGUCAGCGAUCUGGCUGUGGAUGGUCCAGGACUGGUUUAUGUUGUUUACCCACAAGCCUUUGCCAAUAUGCCAGUGGCUCAGCUCUGGGCUGUGUUGUUCUUCUUCAUGCUGCUUUGCCUUGGACUGGACAGUGAGUUUGCAAUGGUUGAAGUAAUGGUGACCAGUCUCAUGGAUGAAUUCUAUCAAAAGUUGAUGAACAUUUUCAAACGGAAGGAACUCUUUGUUCUGGCUAUUUGUGGUGCAGCUUCCCUCCUAGGUAUUCCUUGUGUCAUGCAGGCGGGAAUCUAUGUUUUCCAGCUGAUGGACCAUUACACUGCCAUAGUGUCCAUCAUGUUUCUUGCAUUCUUUGAGGUUAUAGCCAUCUGUUGGAGUUACGGAGUCACUCGACUUUCAGACAACCUAAAAGAGAUGACUGGAAAAGAAGUAAACAUCUUCUUCAGACUGUGCUGGCUAAUAGUUGCUCCUGUGCUGAUCACUAUUAUAUUGAUUUUCUCCAUCAUCCAGUUCAAACCGGCCCGCUAUGGUGACUAUGUCUUCCCUCCCUGGGCUCAGGGGGUAGGCUGGGUCAUUGCCAUGGCCUCCAUCAUCUGGAUUCCUUUAGGUGCAAUUCACACAUUUUGGGUGCUUCCUGGCUCAUUCAUGCAGAGACUGAAGCUAUCCAUCACGCCAUACGCGCUGAAUGAAAAAUCAAAUAUGCCGUAUUAUGAGAGGGGAGGAAGGCAUGGAGAGCCCGUCAUAGCUGUCAUCAGCUCUAACAUACCUCUACCUGAAAAACCUCCUGUUGAGACAACCUUCUGAUCAAGUUAACCACAAAUGAUUGUCUAGCUUUAGCUAGCUUUAGAUCUUAAACAAACCUCUGAUCAGAAAGUCAAACAGAAGUAUGCUGCGAAAAUUAUUUACAAGACUGUAAAAAUGUGCCGUUGUAUAUCUGCCAUGCAAAUAUAUUGCAGCCACACAGCCAUUUCUAUGAGCUUAUGAAUUUAAACUGCUUAUUCUUAAUGUGGAAAGAUGUUGUGGAAACAGUGUUUAGACUCGGUUAUUGCUGUGUACAUCUGUUGUGACAGAGCUCUAAAUCACCUCAUUUGUGGCGUUUACUUUGCUAAGACUGCCAUCUUUUGGCCAUGUCUGUUGAUGCAGUUAUGAGUGUUGUAAAAUCUGAACUCUGCUAUUGUAGUACAUACAUGUUAGCAAAUAAAUUGACAAAAAUGCCACUAUUCAAUAAUGAGUUCCUACAGCUGAAUGUUUCUAUUGAACCAUUUCCUUAAAACAUAAAUCACUUUGGAGCAAUUCACUGUAGCUGACUCAUUUGUUAGGUCAAAUGAAAAAGGGCACCGCUGAUAAAAAUGAAAUACACUGGUGACUAACCGAGGACCACAUGGAUCAUUUCGUAUAAGGUGUAAUAAAAACCGGUCACAAAGUCCACAGC